ACCCCAACCAAUCCCUCGGUAGGGAGAUAUAGGAGAAGGAAAGAGAGUCUACAAGGAGGAGGAGGAGUGAGAGAUAGAUACCUGAGACACAACCGCCGAACCGCAGUAGCAUCCACCCCCUAGCAGAACGCGGCAAUGUCGACCGGUAAUCUCGAUCCGCCUUUGGCCGACUACUUCUGGAUCGCAGGAAUCGACUCGAUCUCGUACGGCGAACACCUCUCGUCCCCCGAAUCGAAACCGAUCGUGCGAAAGAGCUUUACGGACCAGCUUUUGGUGGCGAUUGAAGCGGAAGAGGAGGGCCACGGUUCGUCCUUGCUGGUCCCCAACGGCCACGGUUCCUCGAACGGCGGCACGUCGUCGCCUACCAAUAGACUCUCGACUACCUCGAUCAACGGCGAUGUCGGCGGCGGCGCGUCGCCUACCACUCGUUCGCCUACAUCCUCGUCGUCGACGCUCGUUCGGAACGGUUCCAACUCGAGCAACUCCACCAUCACGGAGACGUCGGCUGUCACCACACCUCUCAACACCCCCCUCAAUACCCCCCACAACACCCCCCACAACACCCCCCACAACACCCCCCACACCACCAUGAUCAAUGGGGUGCGGCGCGAUUUCGACUUCGAUAAGGCGUUGCUGAAGUUUGCGGCUGAGCGGGAUAGCUUCUUGGAGGAUCUGUCGUUCAGCGCGGGGACGGUGGUGCCCAGCAAGCCGUUGGUGCACCCCAGAGCGCAAAAGGUUUUCAACGAGGACCCGCCAAAGCUCGAGAAGGCGAAUUCACUGAGAAGGAGGAUAUCCCUUCGGGACCUCACAUCCAUGCGGCGGUCACCGUCAGUCAUAAAUAGGGCCUCAUCCAUACGGACGGCUCGACGAAUGUCCAACUACAAUUCGGUGAUACCAGUCCCGCAACCAUUGAAUACCUCCCCAAACAUGCAUCCCCUGAAACGAAAAUUCGAACCCGUUCUGCUCGACCGCUACCCGCCUAAGCACUUGACCGAGGAGGCCAAGCGACGAGGGCCCUUCCCUGACUACGUGCCGAUGUUUGCGUUCCCGAACGAUGUGAACAUUGUUUCAGCGGACGAGAGGCCACGGUCGACAUGGCAUGGAUUCACAAUGACUGGGGGUGACAAUUCGAGGCUACAUGGAAUAUGCGUCAUCAUAUGGUUGCCAUUGAAUCCUACGGCAGCGGAGGAUCUGGAGCGGAGAUGCGAAGAAUGGAGACGAGACAACAUGACGGAAGAGGAGCGAGAGUUGGCGGCGAGCUUGGGAGAAAGACUGGCUUUGGAACGGGCGAAACUUAGCAAGCUUUUGGCUCGGCUACCCGGAGUCGUCAACAACCAGGAGAAGAGGGAGGAGCUGGACGACGAGAUUCUCGCCACCGAGGAGAAGAUCGGACUGAUGGCGGAUCUUCUUCGGCCCGUUCGACAUGGUGCGGCAUCGAAGAUUGAGGGCCUGACGGACGGAGAGACCGGCCUGUGGAUUCCUAGGGCUUACGGUAUCCUCGGAAAGGAUGCCUCGCUGACGGGUUUCUGGAAGGAGUGGCUGAAAGCGGUCGUGGUACCGAUGACCAACGGUGCCAUCGCCCGUGUUCCACCAUCUUCGCCGAGAGUCGGCACAUGGCUGCCCCUCGAAAGGUACGUUGUCAAUCUUUGCGCAGAGGCACCAGCGCCAUUGUCCUCUCAAACGCAGGUGGAAGUGAGCAUCAGGGAGCUUCGUUUGUAUGCCAGAAGGGAAGCUGCAAAUGAGCUGCCAGAAUCCAGAAAUACAGAUCUGUACAGUUUGUUCAGGGCGCUUGAUAUCCAGAACAUAGUUGCUCUAUUCGAAUAUGCACUGUCAGAAUCUCGCAUCAUCCUGCUGUCUUCCCAUACUUCAAUGUUGCACCUCGUAUCCCGAGCUUUGGUGAGCUUGAUGUAUCCUCUGAACUGGCUGGGAAUCUACAUUCCGGUCCUGCCAGCUCGUUUGAUCGCAGCUCUCGAGGCGCCGUGUCCAUAUAUCGUCGGUAUAGAACGCCGCUACGAGAAACUGGAACUUCCGGAGGAUGACUUCAUCUGCGUCGACCUUGACUCCAACGUCAUGUUCAAAUCCAACACGGAGCCGUCCCCACUCCCGAGACAGCAGCGUCGCAAGUUGGUAUCCCUGCUCCAAUUGGCCGCGCCUCACCACAACCGAUGCGGCGUUCCGAUAGGACCGCCUCAGUACGCGGUUGAGACAUUUCCCCACGAUUCGUUCAUGUCGGAGUAUCCGUCGGUGUUUGGCAUGAGCCCGCCGCCGAGCAUGCUCGCCAAAUUGGUAAACCUGAAUUCGACGGCUUUCGGCAAUGCUGGCGGUUCCGAUUUUGCUCCUAGGCCACCGAUCAUCAAUGCUUUCUCGCAGGCCAGUGGCAACAUCAACAACAAGUACGAGAGACCAGGCACCAGCGGCACCAUCCGCGGCGGCUCGCCGCCGUCGCCUCAUUCGCCGCAAUCAUCGGUACAUAAUCCGUCCGGGUCAAACGUGUCCAGGAACGAUUCCGGAUUCACAUUGACGGCCACUCUGCGCGGGAAACGGUCGGGCAACUUUGAUGCAGCAUCACGACGGAGUUCAUCUUUCGGCUUCGAACGGACCCCGACGCUGAGGCGGCCCAGUCUGCCUUUUGCCAGCCACUCCCCGUCACCUUCGACUUCGUCUCUCGGAGGCAACUCCCAGGAUGGCAACUCGGCUUCUUACGGUUACGCACCAUCGGUAUUUGCACCUUCCACUCUAGCCGCAUCCACCAUCAUGCCGAACGUUCUCAUGCAGCCCGUACGGAACACUGAAACCACACAGUGGAUCGAGGGGCAUUGCAUGAUGUACAAGCCACAUGACGUCGAGACGAUCUGCUCGAUAUGUGAGGAGAAGCCCGAGGAUGGAAUGUUCACGUGCGGAAGCUGCCGCGUCGCAGUGCAUCCCCGAUGCGCGCACAUGGUUGUGCUGCCGUGUUCGGCAGCAUUCUACCCGGAUCAGAUCCGGGCAGCAUUCGUCCGCUGCUUUGCCAGUCUGUUCUAUACCUACCGGAAGUUCCUUGGACCUCCCACGGCCGACGGAAAGAAGGCGGGCAAGCUCUACCGGUUCAACAUGGAUGGAUUCCUCAAGAGCAUGCCACAGGAGAACGCCAUGUACAUCCAGAUGCUGGAGCAGACGCAAGCGUUCAGCGAGUUCAUCCAUGACAGGGAGUCCAAGAAGGCCACCGAUCCAUCGGUCAAGCUCUUUGACGAGGUGAUCCUUUCGAAGAAGAACCGCGGCAAGACGGGAUUCUUCUCGCGAUCCAAGCCUGCUUAUCUCUCGGAUACCUCGGAGCACGUCUGGCGGACCGUCAACGCAGUCACGACGUCUUCGAAGGGAAACGAAGCCAGAGUGUCCCCCAACAGAACGUCAAUGUCGGUUAACCAAUGAAUCAGUACCGGCGAAGUUGGACCCUAUUCUUCUUAGACCAUCCAGGGCGCCCCAGCCAGCCCCAGCGGCCAAUACGAAAGGAUCUUCCAGAAAGAAACACACCAACCUAC